CCCCUCCUGGGGAGCCAAGAAGCCCCUGAGCAAGUCCCAAAGCCUGGUGGAACUGGUGGCCCGGAGCAGCCCACAAAAAGCCCCAUCACCCAGUCCGGCGGAGCUGACGUUCGGGACAGCGGAUGGGGAGCUGGGGCAGCUCCUGCAGCUCCUGGAGAGCCCAGCCAGGGUGUGCGGGGUGGUUUUGGGGUGCCAGGCAGCCACCCUGGCCCGGCUCUCGGCUCGUAUCCAGGAGGAGCUGAUGGGGCCGGAGGAGCGGCAGCAGCUGCUGGAGGCAGAGCUGGCAGGGAAGAGCUGGGCAGCGCUCAGCAUCCUGGAGCGGGAACCGUGCUGCGAAAGCGGGGAUGCCUGGUAUUUCCGAGUGGGCUUCGCUUUUGAGCAAACCCAGUUGGUGUUUGCAGCCAAGGUCCCCAAGCUGUGCUGCACCGGCCUGGGUGUGCAGAGCUCCCUUGGGAUGCACUGCAGCAUCCAACGCCUGAUCGGCCGCUUCACCGACCGCCUCCCUCGGGAGCUGGUGCUCCCAGAAAGCCCUGGGGAGCAGAGUCAAUCCCAUUCCAGAGAGAAGCCAGCCCAUCUCACCACCCACCCUGUCUUCAUUUCUCCUGAGGUUCCCUACCAGACCCUGGCAGGCUUUGUGAAGGGAUCCUACGGUUUGCACAGGACCAGCCCUGGGCACUACGAACGCCUGGCUUGCCUCCUCCUCCUGCAGGUCUGCAUGGGGCUGGAGCAUCUCCGGGUGCAGGACGUGGGGCAGGGGGAUCUCUGCCCCGAGAACCUACUGCUGGUGCAGUGCCCGUGUCCUCCCCGGAGCCAGCAAGGCAAGGAGGCACCCCUGGGGCUGUCCCUCCCAAGGCUGCUCAUCAGCAGCUUCAGGGUUAAAGACAAGCGAAGACCUUGUUCUACCAGCCAAGAGCAGGACUGGACCAAGGGGCUCGCUGCACCGCCUUCCCCGCUGGCCGAUGAACUGAAUGUAGGCAUGCUGAUCUAUCAGAUCUUGCACGUGGACAUCUCUCUGGAGAACGCCUUGGGGUUCAGAAGCAAUAGACUUCCCGAAAUUCCCUCCCUGUCCAUCUAUUCCACAGGACUCAAGCAUCUGGCCAUGCUGCUUCUCCACAGAGACCCAUGCAAGAGGGUCUCCAUUGAGCAGGCAAGGAGCAUCCUGCAGGUCCUGCUCUGGGGACCUCGCCAAGAACUGUUUGCCAGGAGCAAGAAGACCCUCACCCUGCUCCGGAGCUGGGUGGAGAUGAAGAGGGCUUUGCUGCUCCUCAGGUUUGCAGAGAAUUCAGUUGGGGCGGUGGGGAGCCCCGGCCUCGAGGAGUGGCUGUGCUGCCAGUACUUCAAGGAGGUCACCGAGCACACGCUCUACCAAGUCACCCAGGCUCUCUACACUCCCUAA